UGUCAACGUUACAUAGCGGUGACGUACACGUUUCAUCCUUACGAACUUAAAUAUUCUAAACAUGUGAAUCAUAACGUCGGAUCGAUCAUUGGAAAAAAAUACGGCUGAGCAAUAUUAUUGGACAUUACGCUGGUAAAUUAGAAUAUUUAGGUGUGUCGGUGUAAGAGGGCCCCGCUGAUCAGAGAGCGAAAUAUGAGCCGCGGACAGUGCGGACCGAGAAUCCAAGUGCCAGACGAGCUUCGUGAGGUCCUUCUCGAGUUCACGAUCAGCUACUUACUGGAGCAACCGGGCGACGUGGUGUCUUACGCGGCUGACUAUUUCACCAGGCUCAGGGAGAGCAGGACUACUUCCAUUCUGUAUGAUGGUGCGGGGGCCGCCGGAAACGAGGCUGCCUCUCCUGAUGAAUCUACUAUUUCCAAGGAUGAAGGUUACCUGCGGAAUAAAAUGUCGGAAGAGCUACGAGGUCUAUAAGAGAGCGUCCGAUCUGGCAACACUGGAGGCGCCCCAUUCAUCUUAUAGCUACUGGUACUUGGAACGCAAGG